GUGUGAAUGAUUCAGCGAGCGCGGCGGAGGUGAGCAGCAGCCGGCGAAGGGAAGGAAAUCGCACCGCAAGCCGGGAUCUUUGUCCGUGUCGCUCGGUGCCUGUCGGUGAAAUACAAAGGAGAGAGGCGCGGCCUCCGGGGCGGACAGAUCUAUCCAUCGCCGCGAAAUUACGUGUUAGUUCUCCCUGUUCUUUGGUGCACGUCGGAUUUUGUGCGGCUCAGGGGGCGCGCGGGGAGCGCGAGCGGGGCGUUUCGCGGGGUCCAGGUGAUCGAUCAUCGCCACGCGUGGAGUGGAGAUGCAGGCGGUACGCGCGAGCCACGGCCACGUCUCCGUUCCGUGACCCGCCCGCACCGCUUCGGUCCUCUUUUUUUUCAGCACUGUUCAGCGCAGAUCCGCCCUGCUCGGCCGGGUUCGGCCCUGUUCGGCGCGGAUCAGACCUCUUUCAACCCGGUUCAACCCGGUUCGGCCUCUCUCUCUUUUUCUGGGUCCGCUCGGGCAGCGCCGUGGGUGUUUGCAGGAAAUUCCGCGCGUGUCUCACAUACCAUCCCCCUGGCGUUUGAAAUUGAAGGGAUCCGACCACCCCGUCCCCGGUUAAAAACACACAUUUCUUGUUAAUACUGCGACGGGGGAGGGGGCAGGGAAUCCUAAUUGGUGAACAGAUUUAGGUUAAAAGGGGGUGGUGGUGAGGGGGGAGAAAAAAACAUGUGUCCGAAAGUGGAAGUCGUGCGCUGCCCCCAGCAGUGCGGCUCAAGGUCCUCCACCUGGAGAUCAUGAGGAUGCCCUCCCAGUCAGCAGAGUAAGCUCUGUUCCCCCUGGCACUGGGAGAUGAUGGAAGACAACGCUCUCCACAGACCUGCCAUGGUCUCCAGGCUGCCCAAAUUUGGGGUGCGUCCUGCCAGCUGCGCCGGCCCGCUGCCGAAUGGCUCGGAGCAGCCCGUUCCUCGGCGCGAGUGGAAAUCGCAGUCCCCGGGGAGGACCAAUGGGAUGCUUCGCAUGUCCUACCCCUCAGCGCUCAAGGUGAAGACGACCGGCGAGAACGGCGUCGGUUCGCCGAGCUCCGGACUCGGGCUCAAUUCGGAGGAGCCAGGGGAGGUGGCUGACCCCCGACGCGGCGCCGUUGUGACCAGAGAGAUUAGGAAGCCCUCCGCAUCCUUCUCUCAUCUCCGGCGCUCUGCCCCGCCCAACACCCUGCCGUCUCCGUGCGUGACCCAGCCGGUGCCCGGCGCCGCCUCCCGAGGGACAUCCUCACUGAGUUUCCAUGGCAACAAACCAAAAGGCCAAAACGGGUUAGGUGGCGGGCCUGCGGGGCUGUACCGCCCGGGCCUGCGGCGGCAAGCGGUUGACCCCAGCUCGACGCAAGUGAACCUGCGGCCGAGCCUCUCUCACUCCAGCGACAGCCUGAAGGGUCCUGCUCUGGACAACAUGGUGCGCUCGCAGAGCUUCCCCCACUUCCGCCAGCUCACCUCCCCCGUCUCGCUGCCUGCCCCCCGCACCCGAGCUCGCUCCCGCUCCCUGCUCGGCAAACCGACCUCGGGCCUCACCGCCAAGGGCCCUGCCGCCCGCCCCGGUCCGGCGGUCGCUGCCUGUGCUGCGCCCCCUAGUGGCGUAAAGAAGUCACUGCUGCCCAACAGCGCACUCGGGAAGCCUGUGGCGCUUAGCUACAGACUGAUGCGGCCCUCCCUGACCAAGCAGCAACGGCCCACGCCUCCAGGAGAGGCGCAGGGGGAUGCGGAGGCGGGCCGUAGGAGCCGGGACUCCGUGGAAACGCCACCCGUCUCGCCGGACCCCCCGAGCGAAACGGAGUUGGUGCCUGGCACCGAAGGCCUGCCGGAAGACCCCCCGGGGCCCGUUCCACGUACUCUGACGGAGGGCCUGGAGGACAUGUCGCUCUCUUCCUCCUCCUCCCUGGAGCGCAACGACACCAGCGAGGAGUACCUGGAUGACUUUGACAACCUGGGAGACGCGAGCGGGCUGCUGCUGCUGCUCCCCUCUCCCAAGGCCGGCCUCCACCAACUAGAGCCCGGCAGCGACGACAACAUCCCAGGGAACCGAGGAGACGCUCCGAUCCGGGCCAGCCUUCGCAGCCUGCUGUCGGACGACAUGGACUGGGCGGGAAUGGGACUCUCAGGAGGCCGAGAUGACUUCGGGGUGUCCGGUCGACGUGGCGACCGGGUCCGGUCUCCGGAGGGCGAGUUCCCGCACGGUUCCUCCCUGGACCUCUCGCCCUCGGACAGCUCCGGGGGAACCUACAUGUGGGACGAAGAGGGCCUGGAGCCGCUGGGGGUGACCACGCACCCCUGUGGAAGCUACGACUCCGACAUCAACAGCAUGGAUAUUCUCAACAACCUGGACAACUUGGAAUCAUGUGACUUGGAGGACGAUGACCUCAUGCUGGAUGUUGACCUCCCGGAUGAUGCAUCACUGCGAAGCGACACAGAUGGGACGUCCCGCAGCGAGCGCUCGGAGAAGGGGGGGCGGCAGGCGCCCUGGAGGAGGCGGCCGCUUCGCUGGACGGCGCAGGACGACACCCACGAUGACAACAGAGGGGACGGGUACGAGGUGCCGCGCGUCGAUGGAGGCGAAGCUUUUGGCGUCGCGGUGGAAGAGUUGAUGCUUAAAGACAUGGCCCAGGACUUCUCCUCCGUCACAUCCCAGCUGCUCACGCUGAGGAGGCUGCUGGAGAUGGAGAACGAGAUCGCGACCCAAGACUACCACGAAUCGGAAACCCCGAGUCCGGAAGUGAAAGAUGACCCCAGCGCUGCGUCACAGGUGGAGGCGCUGAUGAGGGAGGCGCGGGAGCUGCGAGAGGAGCUGAGGAAGAAGGAGCAGACCAUCUUGCUGCUGACCCAACAAAUGUCAACGUCAGCACAGGGUGGUGACUGUCCAUGUCAGCAGAAGGCAGCGGGGGACGAGCGGUCCAACCGUGACCAGGCCACCCAGACGCUGUGGAGAGGACAUGUGCCUCAAGUACUACAGCCUUCCAUCCCUUGUCCCAGCGUGCAGCUUGCCUCGGGAAGACUAACGCGAACAACUUCAACAGAGGACCCCGGUGACGUCCCCAGAUCUGCUUCUGUGGAUGUCUCACCGAGGAGCGGGUCCGGUUCUCCCCUGGACCUAGAGGACUCCGCUGCUGCUGCUGCUGCUGUUUGCUCGGCGCCUGGGUCACACGGCCUCAGAACGCAUCAUGGAGCGGAACUGCCUGGACGCUCCGCCUUCAUCACAGGGGCGACCGGGGCUAUCGGACACCCAGGACCUGUCGAACAGCCCCCUCGCCCACUAAGCGGUCCCUACGCCGAUGUCCGACACCUCCGAUUUCCUAGAGAGAGGGCGCCCGCUCCCACCCAGCUCCCAGGCUAUCCCUCCUCCUCCUCCACCACACGCGCCCCGCUGCGAGUCAGGGCAAUGGAGGGCGUUGCCAGAACCCGUGUGGGUGCUGCAGCGCCACUCAAAACAAAGCAGCUGCCCCCGCCCUCCCGGGGCCUGCCCUGCUUCAGCUCCGGGCCCCCUGCUCCUACAGCUUCGUCCGUGAACCCGUCCGCCCUCGGACCCCCUCGCCCUCGGGGGCAAAGGGAGCAACCCGGGGGGAGAGAACCGGAAGGUGGUUUGGGCAAAACCCGGGGGCAAGUCCCUCCUAACCAGUCGCGCCUCCCCAAGCCAAAGAUUCACUAAAACUGUAAC